UUUUCACACGUCACGUGAUCCGUUCUCGUCACGAACCUUCUCCGUCACGUGACCGGCCCCCGUCACGUGGUCGCGCGGUGCGCAGGCGCGUUGGGAGCGGCCCGGCCAACAUGUCGGCGCUAGGCGCGGUGGAGGCGGCCGGUGCUGGGGGGGCUGCCCUGUUCCGGCCCCUCAGCGCCGAGGAUGGCGAGCAGCAGCCGGCGGAGAUCGAGUCCCUGUGCAUGAACUGCUACCGCAACGGAGUGACGCGGCUCCUGCUGACCAGGAUCCCCUUCUUCAAAGAGAUCAUCGUCAGCUCCUUCACCUGUGAGAGCUGCUCCUGGUCCAACACCGAGAUCCAGUCGGCGGGCCGCAUCCAGGAGCAGGGCGUGCGUUGUGCCCUGGCCGUGGCCUCCCGGCAGGAUAUGGACAGGGAGAUUGUGAAGACUGACUGUGCCACUAUUCGAAUUCCAGAGCUGGACUUUGAGAUCCCUGCCUUCUCCCAGAAGGGAGUUCUUACCACCAUUGAAGGCAUAAUUGACAGAGCUGUUAUGGGUCUGGAGCAGGACCAGCCUGUCCGCAGGGCAACAGACAAAGAGGUGGCAAGUAAAAUAGAUGACUUCAUUAGUAAGUUAAAGCAGCUGAAAGAAGUACAUUCCCCUUUCACAUUCAUCAUAGAUGAUCCUUCAGGGAACAGCUUUGUGGAGAAUCCCCAUGCGCCUCAGAAAGAUGAAGCUCUUGUAGUCACUUAUUAUAAGCGGACUCCCCAGCAGGCUGCUAUGUUGGGUCUUGAGGAAGAGGAAUUGGAUGAGAAGCCAGCUGAUUCUGCAGAGGAUCUGAGGAACGAGGUACUGCAGUUCAACACCAACUGUCCUGAGUGCAAUGCUCCAGCUAACACAAACAUGAAGCUAGUGCAAAUCCCACACUUCAAGGAAGUGAUUAUCAUGGCCACAAACUGUGACUCCUGUGGGCACAGAACAAAUGAGGUGAAGUCUGGAGGAGCAAUUGAACCCCGAGGCACCAGGAUUACCUUUAGAAUUACAGAUCCUUCAGACAUGACGAGAGACAUCCUAAAGUCAGAAACGUGCAGCGUGGAGAUUCCAGAGUUGGAGUUUGAGCUGGGAAUGGGAGCACUGGGAGGGAAAUUCACCACUCUGGAAGGGUUGCUGAAAGAUAUCAAAGACUUGGUUGAGAGAAACCCAUUCACUUUGGGGGACAGCUCUACUCCAAGCAAAACGGAAAAGCUGCAGGAGUUCAUUGGCAGAUUGCAGGAGAUAAUAGAAGGGAAGACAAAGGCUGUCUUUGUAAUGGAUGACCCCGCAGGCAACAGCUAUCUUCAGAACGUGUACGCCCCAGAGGAGGACCCGGAGCUGAAGGUGGAGCACUACGAACGCACGUUUGAGCAGAACGAAGACCUGGGCCUCAACGACAUGAAGACUGAGGGCUAUGAGACAGCGCCGGCCUCGGGCCGAUAGCAGCACAGUGCAAAGCAGCCCCUCUGUGCUCUGAGGAGCAGAACUCAUUCCUUCCCGUGCUGCUGGAAGCGACUCGCAGGCCUGAAGAGCCAGAACUUCCCGGUGGGGGGCAGUCUGGGGACGAGGGGUUAUUUAAAAGCUGUUUGUGCGGCUUCUGGAUUGCGGGGCUGCGGGCGCUGUGCCGCACGCCAAUAAAGCGUUCUCAGCAUGCA